CACCUUCACUGAAGUCACAAACAAGUAUAAGUCUUUGCAGAGCUAGGGGGUCUCCGACUCACUUCCCCUACCAGAACUGCUCACUAGCCUCUCUGGGAGAACAGGCGUCAGCCGGAGUUUCUUCUUGCUCUGCCUGAGUGUUAGGCUGAACGUGUAUUCUAGGAGCUCAUGGAUUCCAGUGGAGGCGAGCUGGGAUAGAAGAGAGGAUCUCUUACCUAGAAGACAAGCAAGAUUGAGCCAGCAAAGAAGAAUGAGAAGAUGGAAUUUCCCUUUGGGUCCCUGGAAACUACCAACUUUCGUCGAUUCACUCCAGAGUCCCUGGUGGAGAUUGAAAAGAGAAUUGCUGCCAAGCAGGCAGCAAAGAAAGCAAAAGGUAAGCACAGGGAGCAGAAGGACCAAGAAGAGAAGCCUCGGCCUCAGCUAGACUUGAAGGCUUGCAACCAGCUGCCCAAGUUCUACGGUGAGCUCCCAGCAGAGCUGGUUGGAGAGCCCCUGGAGGAUUUGGACCCCUUCUACAGCACACACCGGACAUUUAUGGUGCUGGACAAAGGGAGGACCAUUUCCCGGUUUAGUGCUACUCGGGCCCUGUGGUUAUUCAGUCCUUUCAACCUGAUCAGAAGAACAGCCAUCAAAGUGUCUGUCCACUCGUGGUUCAGUUUAUUUAUUACAGUCACUAUUUUGGUCAAUUGUGUGGGCAUGACCCAAACCGAGCUUCCAGACAGAAUCGAGUAUGUCUUCACUGUCAUUUACACCUUUGAAGCCUUGAUAAAGAUACUGGCAAGAGGAUUUUGUCUAAAUGAGUUUGCUUACCUGCGAGAUCCUUGGAACUGGCUGGAUUUUAGUGUCAUUACCCUGGCAUACAUUGGUGAAGCAACAGCUCUCCGAGGGAUCUCAGGCUUGCGGACGUUCAGAGUUCUUAGAGCUUUAAAAACAGUUUCUGUGAUCCCAGGGCUGAAGGUCAUUGUGGGAGCUCUGAUCCACUCAGUGAGGAAACUGGCAGAUGUGACCAUCCUCACUGUCUUCUGCUUGAGUGUCUUUGCUCUGGUGGGCCUACAGCUCUUCAAGGGCAACCUCAAGAACAAAUGUGUCAAGAAUUGUGCAGCUCUCAAUGAAACGGGCAAUUACUCCUCUUAUGGAAAACAAGAGUGGAAUUUCUGCCAUAGGGACGAAGAUUUCUACUAUAACAAGCCUGGCACUUCAGAUCCCUUACUGUGUGGCAAUGGAUCUGAUGCAGGCCACUGCCCUAAAGGUUAUCUCUGUCUUAAAACAUCUGACAACCCAGAUUUUAACUACACCAGCUUUGAUUCCUUUGCUUGGGCUUUCCUGUCACUGUUCCGCCUCAUGACACAGGAUUCCUGGGAACGCCUCUACCAGCAGACCCUGAGGGCAUCUGGGAAAAUGUAUAUGGUCUUUUUCGUGCUUGUCAUCUUCUUGGGAUCCUUCUACCUGGUCAAUUUGAUCUUGGCUGUGGUCACCAUGGCAUAUGAGGAGCAGAACCAGGCAACCAUUGAUGAAAUUGAAGCCAAGGAGAAGACAUUUCAAGAGACCCUGGAGAUGCUCCAGAAGGAGCAAGAGGUGCUGGCAGCGCUGGGGAUUGACACAGCCUCUCUCCAUUCCUACAAUGGCUCACCUUUACCCUCCAAAAAUGCCAGUGAGAGAAUGCGCAGAAUGAAACCAAGGGUGUCAGAGGGCUCCACAGAUGACAACAAAUCACCUCAAUCUGAUCCUUACAACCAACGCAGAAUGUCUUUCCUAGGCCUCACUUCUGGAAGACGCAGGGCUAGUCAUGGCAGUGUGUUCCAUUUCCGUACCCCUUGCCUGGAUACCUCAUUCCCUGACGGGGUCACAGAUGAUGGAGUCUUUCCUGGAGACCGUGAGAGCCAUCGGGGCUCCCUGCUGCUGGGUGGAGGUACCAGCCAGCAAGGCCCCCUCCUAAGGAGUCCACUGCCUCAACCCUCUAACCCUGGCUCAGGACAUGGAGAAGACGGACACUCCACAUUGCCCACUGGUGAGCUUGCCCCUGGAGGCAUCGAAGUCUCGGCAUUUGAUGCAGGACAGAAGAAGACUUUCUUAUCAGCAGAAUACUUGAAUGAACCUUUCCGAGCCCAAAGGGCAAUGAGUGUGGUCAGCAUCAUGACCUCUGUCCUUGAAGAACUCGAGGAGUCCGAACGGAGAUGCCCACCCUGCUUGACCAGCUUCGCUCAGAAGUAUCUGAUCUGGGAGUGCUGCCCCACAUGGGUGAAGCUCAAGACGGUUCUCUUUGGCAUUGUGACGGACCCCUUUGCGGAGCUCACUAUCACCUUGUGCAUUGUGGUAAACACAGUCUUCAUGGCCAUGGAGCACCACGGCAUGAGCUCUGCCUUUGAAGCCAUGCUCCAGAUAGGCAACAUUGUCUUUACUGUGUUUUUUACUGCUGAAAUGGUCUUCAAAAUCAUUGCCUUCGACCCCUACUAUUACUUCCAGAAGAGAUGGAACAUCUUUGACUGCAUCAUUGUCACUGUGAGCCUGAUAGAGCUGGGUGCGGCCAGGAAGGGGAGCCUGUCAGUGCUGCGGACCUUCCGCUUGCUGCGGGUCUUUAAGCUGGCCAAGUCCUGGCCAACCUUAAACACACUCAUCAAGAUCAUCGGGAACUCAGUGGGGGCACUAGGAAACCUCACCAUCAUCCUGGCCAUCAUUGUCUUUGUCUUCGCUCUGGUUGGUAAACAGCUACUUGGGGAAAACUACCGUGACAACCGGCGCAAUAUCUCUGCGCCCAAUGAAGAAUGGCCACGCUGGCACAUGCAUGACUUCUUCCACUCCUUCCUCAUCGUCUUCCGGAUCCUGUGUGGAGAGUGGAUUGAGAACAUGUGGGCCUGCAUGGAAGUUGGCCAGAAAUCCAUAUGCCUCAUCCUUUUCUUGACAGUGAUGGUGCUGGGGAACCUGGUAGUCCUCAACUUGUUCAUCGCCCUGCUGCUGAACUCCUUCAGUGCCGACAACCUUGCAACUCCAGAUGAAGAUGGGGAGGUGAACAACCUGCAGGUGGCCCUGGCACGGAUCCAGGCAUUUGGCCAUCGUACCAAGAAGGCCAUUUGCAACUUCUUCACUAGGCCCUGCCUGCUGCCCUGGCCCAAGGCAGAGCCCCAGCUGGUGGUGAAACUCCCACUCUCCAGCUCCAAAGCUGAGAACCACAUUGCUGCUAAUGCAGCUGUGGGGAGCCCUGGAGGGCUCUCAGUGUCCAGAGGCCUCAGGGACGACCACAGUGACUUCAUCACCAAUCCUAACAUAUGGGUCUCUGUGCCCAUUGCAGAGGGUGAAUCUGACCUCGAUGACCUGGAGGAAGAUGGUGAGGAGGAUUCUCAGAGUUCCCAGCAGGAAGUGAUCCUCCAAGGGCAGGAGCAGCUGCAAGUCGAGACGUGUGAGGGCCACACGGCGCCCAGGAGCCCAGGCUCUGGAAUGUCCUCUGAGGACCUGGCUUCCUACGUGGAUGAGAAGUGGAAAGACGAGGCUGUUGCCCAGGCGCCUGCAGAGGGAGGGGACGACAGCAGCUCCUCAGAGGGCAGCACGGUGGACUGCCUGGAUCCCGAGGAGAUCCUGAGGAAGAUCCCUGAGCUGGCAGAUGACCUUGAAGAGCCAGAUGACUGCUUCACGGAAGGCUGUCUUCGCCGCUGUCCCUGCUGUAAAGUGGACAUCAGCAAGUUUCCAUGGACUGUGGGAUGGCAGGUGCGCAAGACCUGCUACCGCAUCGUGGAGCACAGCUGGUUUGAGAGUUUCAUCAUCUUCAUGAUCCUGCUCAGCAGUGGGUCUCUGGCCUUUGAAGACUAUCACCUUGACCAGAAGCCCACAGUGAAGGCCUUGCUGGAAUAUACUGACAGGAUGUUUACUUUUAUCUUCGUGCUGGAGAUGUUGCUCAAGUGGGUGGCCUACGGCUUUAAGAAGUACUUCACCAAUGCCUGGUGCUGGCUGGACUUUCUCAUCGUGAACAUCUCCCUGAUAAGCCUUAUAGCGAAGAUCCUGCAAUAUUCUGAUGUGGCAUCCAUCAAAGCCCUUCGGACCCUCCGUGCCCUGAGGCCCCUGCGGGCUCUGUCUCGAUUCGAAGGCAUGAGGGUGGUUGUAGAUGCCCUGGUGGGUGCCAUCCCAUCCAUCAUGAAUGUCCUCCUCGUCUGCCUCAUCUUCUGGCUCAUCUUCAGCAUCAUGGGUGUGAACUUCUUUGCGGGGAAGUUUGGGCGAUGCAUCAACAAAACCAAUGAAUACUUUUCUCUUGUGCCUUUGUCUAUUGUGAAUAACAUAUCUGACUGUAAAUAUCAGAACCACACUGGCAGCUUCUUCUGGGUCAAUGUGAAGGUCAACUUUGAUAAUGUUGCAAUGGGUUACCUAGCACUUCUGCAGGUGGCAACCUUUAAAGGCUGGAUGGACAUAAUGUAUGCAGCUGUUGAUGCCCGAGAUGUGAACUUGCAGCCCAAGUGGGAGGACAACGUGUACAUGUACUUGUACUUUGUCAUCUUCAUCAUUUUUGGUGGCUUCUUCACACUCAAUCUCUUCGUUGGGGUCAUAAUUGACAACUUCAAUCAACAGAAAAAAAAGUUAGGGGGCCAGGACAUCUUCAUGACAGAGGAGCAAAAGAAGUACUAUAAUGCCAUGAAGAAGCUAGGCUCUAAGAAGCCCCAGAAGCCCAUCCCACGGCCCCUGAACAAGUACCAGGGCUUUGUCUUUGACAUUGUGACCAAACAAGCUUUUGACAUUGUCAUCAUGGUCCUCAUCUGCCUCAACAUGAUCACCAUGAUGGUGGAGACUGAUGAGCAGAGUGCAGAAAAGACAAAAAUUCUUAACAAAAUCAACCAGUUCUUUGUGGCUGUCUUUACGGGCGAGUGUGUCAUGAAGAUGUUUGCCUUGCGGCAUUACUACUUCACCAAUGGUUGGAAUGUGUUUGACUUCAUUGUUGUGGUCCUCUCCAUUGGAAGCCUGGUGUUUUCUGUAAUACUUACGUCACUUGAAAAUUACUUCUCUCCAACGCUCUUCCGAGUCAUCCGCCUGGCCCGAAUUGGCCGCAUCCUCAGGCUUAUACGAGCAGCCAAGGGAAUCCGCACACUACUCUUUGCCCUUAUGAUGUCCUUGCCUGCCCUCUUCAACAUAGGGCUUCUGCUCUUCCUUGUCAUGUUCAUCUACUCCAUCUUCGGCAUGGCUAGCUUCCCCCAUGUAAGUUGGGAAGCUGGCAUCGAUGACAUGUUCAACUUUCAGACCUUCGCCAACAGCAUGCUGUGCCUCUUCCAGAUCACCACGUCGGCUGGCUGGGAUGGCCUCCUCAGCCCCAUCCUCAACACGGGGCCCCCUUACUGUGACCCCAAUCUACCCAACAGCAAUGGCUCCCGGGGGAACUGUGGGAGCCCGGCUGUGGGCAUCCUCUUCUUCACCACAUACAUCAUCAUCUCCUUCCUCAUCGUGGUCAACAUGUACAUUGCAGUGAUUCUGGAGAACUUCAAUGUGGCCACACAGGAGAGCAGUGAACCUCUGAGUGAGGAUGACUUCGAUAUGUUCUAUGAGACCUGGGAGAAGUUUGACCCAGAGGCCACUCAGUUUAUUACCUUUUCUGCCCUCUCAGACUUUGCAGACACCCUUUCUGGCCCCCUGCGAAUCCCAAAACCCAAUCAGAAUAUAUUAAUCCAGAUGGACCUGCCCUUGGUCCCUGGAGAUAAGAUUCACUGUUUGGACAUUCUUUUUGCCUUCACUAAGAAUGUUCUGGGAGAAUCCGGAGAGUUGGAUUCUCUGAAGGCGAAUAUUGAAGAGAAGUUUAUGGCAACUAAUGUCUCAAAAGCAUCCUAUGAACCAAUAGCAACCACCCUCCGGUGGAAGCAGGAAGACAUUUCAGCUACUGUCAUUCAAAAGGCCUAUCGGAGCUAUGUGCUACACCGCUCCAUGACAAUUUCCAACCCCCCAGCUGUGCCCAGGGCAGAGGAGGCUGUGCCACCCCCAGAUGAAGCUUUUGUUGAAUUCAUGGUAAAUGAAAAUUGUGCACUCCCAGACAAAUCUGAAACUGCAUCUGCCGCAUCUUUCCCACCAUCCUAUGACAGUGUCACUAGAGGCCUUAGUGAUCAAAUCAAUAUGAGCACAUCUAGCUCAAUGCAGAAUGAAGAUGAAGGCACCAGUAAGAAAGUGACUGCUCCUGGGCCCUAGUGAGGACACUCUAGUAUGGACCUAAUCAGUUCUGAUGUGAACUUCUGCUCUGUGAUAACUCUUUCCCACUAUAGGUGGCAACCAGCUACCACCUCACCAAUGCAUGCCACCAGUCACAGUAUCAGAACUGGGCAAAGAAUGAAAUUGGUGCCCACCUUUGGAGAAGCCCUCAAAACCAAUAGGAGUCAGAAGCCAAGAGCAUCUCCACUGUGACUACCCUUUUGAAUUUCAGUAUCAGAUAAUGUAUCUCUUACUUUCCAGAAAAUGUCCCUGGUCCUUUCAUUUUAAUUGUGACCAGAACUUAUAUUUACGGUGACAAACUUCUCAGGACCAGAAUUUCCAAAGAUAUAUGGUAAGGAUGUUGCUGAAGGUCCAAGGUAGUCUUCUGUGAAUCCCAAACAGAAACUGACAAUGUUAUUUAGGAUUUUGCAUGACUGCAUGUUGAGAGCUGCCAGACAAUUGCUCCUGCCCAAGGUAACACCUGUGGUCUAUGUCAUGAAAGAACUUUGAGAUAUCCAUUAAAAUUAAUAUUUUUAGAGGUAUAUC